GAGCGGAAGUUCUUCACCCGCCAUCUUUCUUCAUGGCAACGCCACCGUCACUGCUGUCUCUGUUUAGGCGGCUGAGGGAGUUUGGGGUCGCCGGACCUCAGGCGGCUGUAGGACCGCGCCACCCUGGAGCCGCGUGAGGCUUCUUGAGGUCCGGAGCUCAGCUAUGGAGUCUGUAUCCUUUGAGGACGUGGCUGUGCACUUCACCGCAGAGGAGUGGGCUUUGUUGGAUUCUUCCCAAAAGAGGCUACACAGAGAUGUGAUGCUGGAGACCUGCAGGAACCUGGCCGCCAUAGCAGAAAAGCAAGAAGACUGGGUCCUUGAAACUGGCUCUGAACAUGUAAGGAAGACUCUUCCCGUUUCAGUUCAGCCUGAAGACAAACUAUGUGAGAAUCGAGGAUACGCAGGGAAACCAGGCGCAUGUAAGGAGUGUGGGAAAUCCUUUAGUUCUCCCCAAAGUUUUCUGGAACAUAUGAAGACUCACACUGAAGAGAAAACUUACAAAUAUAAGCAAACUGAAGAAGAUUUUAGCAGACACAGUUUUGUUCAGGGGCAUGAAAGGAUGCAUGCUACAGACAAGCCCUGUGUUUUGAAGCAGAGUGGGAAAGACUCUUUGACUCUUGCAGGUAUUCAACAGCACGUAAUAACACAUAAUGGAGGAGGGCCAUAUAUAUGUAAAGUAUGUGGCAAAGCCUUUCACUCUUCCAGUUCUUUCUUGACACAUAAAAGAACUCACACUGGAGAACAGCUUUAUAUGUGUAAGCAGUGCAGCAAAACCUUCACUUAUUCCAGUGGUCUUCGCCGGCACGAAAGGACCCAUAGUGGAGAGAAACCCUAUGAAUGCAAGCAAUUUCUGAAAGUCUUUCCUUCAUUGAGGAAGGUUGAAAGUCAUGAACAAACUCACAAUGAAGUAAAAUACAUAUGUAAUCAAUGUGGGAUCGCCUUCAGCGAUCACAGUUCCCUUCAGUGCCAUGAAAAGAUUCAUAGUUUAGAGAAACCCUAUGUAUACAAGCAGUGUGGGAAGACAUUCACUUGUUCUAGUGCCUUGCGAAGACAUGAACGAAUUCAUACUGGAGUGAAACCCUAUGAAUGCAAGGUAUGUGGGAAAGCCUUCAUUGAUUGCAGUUCUCUUCAGUGUCAUGAAAGGAUUCACAGUGGAGAGAAACCUUAUGUAUGUAAGUUGUGUGGGAAAGCGUUCAGUCGUCAGGGCUCUCUGAAAUGUCAUGAAAGGAUUCACAGUGGAGAGAAGCCCUAUGCAUGUAAGCAGUGUGGGAAAGCCUUCAUGCAUCACAAUGCUCUUCGAUACCAUGAACAGAUUCACAGGGGAGAGAAGGCCUAUGGCUGUAAGCAGUGUGGGAAAGCCUUUGUGUUGAGCAGCGCACUGAAAAAACAUGAGCGAGUCCAUAGUGGAUUGAAACCUUGUCUAUGCAGGGUGUGUGGGAAAGCCUUCACAUUUCAUAGUUCCCUCCAUUGCCAUGAAAGGACUCAUACUGGGGAGAAACCCUAUGUAUGUAAACAGUGUGGGAAAGCCUUUAUGUAUCACAGUUCUCUUCGUUGCCAUGAAAAUAUUCACAGUGCAGAGAAACCCUAUGUGUGUAAGCUGUGUGGGACAGCCUUCACUUAUCACAGCUCUCUUCAACGCCAUGAAAGGAUCCACAGGGGAGAGAAACCAUAUGUAUGUAAAUUCUGUGCAAAAGCCUUCACUGAUCACAGUUCCCUCCGAUGCCAUGAAAGAAUUCACACUGGAGAGAAACCAUAUGUAUGUAAACAAUGUGGGAAAUCCUACAGUACUCAUGGUUCCCUUAGAUACCAUGAAAGGGUGCACUGUGUAUAAGCUACGUGGACGACCUUCUCUUUAAAUAAGUUUUAAUUUUAUUAACUUAAAAAACAAACAAACAAAAAAACCCAUAUGAUUGUAAGCUAUGUGAAUAAGCCUUAGCAUGUUCUGGUUCCCUUAAACAAAACAUGAAUGGAAAAACAAUGGAAACUUAUCUCUAGAGACUAAAAGAAAGCUCCAGAUCUUUCUAGAAAACAUGAUGGCAUAAUGAAUUUAACUUGGAUCAAUAUAAAGCAUGUGUGAUUAUGUAGCU